CAGCCAGCAUAUAAUAAAUGGAGAAUAGAGGAGAUAAUAUAAAGUCGAUGAUUAAAAGCAAUUUAAAAUCGACUUUUUCCCAGAAUUUAUCUGUAUACAAAUAUUACCAUCGAGAAGAUCUUUGAAAAUCAGAUAAGUUGGACUAGUAUGUAGCCAAGACGACCCGGACCGAAACAACAAAUCAUUUGACAUUCGAGUUACGUUAAGUUUGACGUUUGACCGCAACACAAAAUAUUCUAUGUGGCAUAUAUGUACGAAUUGAAACCAGUCGGAUGUUGAAACUAACGACAACUUCUGAUGCAGUGAAUUGAAUGAAAAUAUUAUUACUCGAAAAAAAAACGCGUAAUUGAAUUAAGCUUAUCGGGCUAAAGUGUUGAAUUAAAGUGUAAAUUUAUUAGCUCGAAUAAACUACAAAACAAAAUUUCAUAAAAGAGAUUUGAAGAUAUGGCACCACGUAGAUCGCAUGAAGGUUUACUGGCGCGAGUAAAUUUUCCAUUAUACUCGGUUGAAAUGCUUACAAGCCGUCAUGUUUUGGUUGCUGGUGGUGGAGGAUCGAGUAAAACGGGCGUUGCCAAUGGUUUUGAAAUUUACGAAAUUUACCAUAAUGGACAACACUUUGUUGCUGAAGAAAUUAUACGGCAUGAAACCGGGGCCAAUGUAGUUAUGAACUGUGCGGUGCGAAGCUCGGGAAAUCAUUCGUACUUGUUAGCUGGUCAAGAAAGUCAUUGUCAAUUGUAUCAUGUCAAUGUUAAAAUUGAUAGUAAUGAAAAUGCUUUCGAAAAUGGUCGUAUUGAAACGCUCAAACCAUUAUUGGGGCGAAAAGGAUCUUCUGUUACAUUCGACGAACAGAAUUUACGUAAGAGAAAAGCUUCGCACGAUGUAGCAAAUCAUCGAAGAUUUUCAACAACAUCAAAAAAUGGGACUGCUGAUGGUGGUUAUCAGAAUGAGACGCGUUGUCUACGCUUCGAAAUUAAAGCCGGCGACUUGACGCAAACGGAUUUUUCAAGCGACGGGCCCUUUCAACGAGUGGUUCGCAUUAGUUUAAAUUGUAAAUAUAUGGCAACGGGUGGCACCGAUACGCAUAUCCGAAUUUGGAAAUUUCCAAACAUGGUGCAAAUAUUUGAUAUUGAAGCACACUCAAAGGAGAUUGACGAUUUGGAUUUCAGCCCCAACAGCAAACAAUUGGUUUCAAUUGCCAAAGAUGGUCUGGCAUUUGUUUGGAACGUUGAAACCGGAAAAGAAUGCAGCAAAUUGAAUUGGACUCCACCCAACAAUACAAGAUAUUUAUUCAAAAGAUGUAGAUUUGGUGUCUUUGAAGGGAAAUCGAACCAACAUCGUUUAUUUACGAUUGCCAAUCCUCUGGGAAAAGUUGGGAAACAGGUGGGCUAUUUGCAGGAAUGGAGCCCAGAUAAUGGUGCUCUUAUCAAUUCGACAGUGAUCGAUGAGAGCCUUGCUUCACUGGCAGUGCGGGAUGAUGGUCGAUUCGUUGCAACUGGCACUAUGUUCACGGGUUCAGUCUCAAUAUACAUAUCAUUUAGUUUGCAACGUGUUCUUUACAUUCCCAAUGCUCACUCUAUGUUUGUCACUGGAUUGGAAUUUUUGCCACAGAAGGAUAUUGAUGGUCCAGCUAUAACGAGUAAUACCGAGGCAGCCGUUCUUUCGAUCUCAGUUGACAACAAAAUUUGCAUUCACAGUCUAUCCUAUAGACACAAAAUUCCGGCAUGGUUAGCAAUACUAAUAAUCAUUGGUGCAUUAUUUCUCACAUUUUCACUGUGUUCAUAUGUUGGAUUGUGAAAAGCAAUUAUUCUGCAUUUCUAUUAAAUUAUUAACUGAGUUGAAACUUGCUGAAUUUCUUAACAGUGCACUCUCUCACAACAAAAUGAAUGGAAUGAAUAUAUUGAGUCUUAUUUGUAUAUGUAAAGAUUUUUUUUUUAUUAAUAUAUUGUUAUUGUUCAAAAGGGACACUCGACAUUUUAAAUAAACAAUUUAGCCGGA